UUAACAACUAUAUAAUAUUCAACUUCAUUUCAACUUUGAAUUCCCCCUACAUCUUUGGAGCAAGCAUAGAAUUUUAAUCCAUCCUGAUUUUUUGAUUUCCAAGUACUAUAGCUUUAACUUCAGAUAUGAGUACUUUGGCAACUUCUUUUCUUCCAUCAAAAUUGAUGAUCCCUGAAAAGGAAAGUUCUCUUUUUGUUUGUAGAACAAAAAAAGGACACUCGAAAAAAAGCCAAUGCAUAGCUCCUGUGGCAAGAUUAUUUGGACCAUCAAUAUUUGAAUCAUCAAAGUUGAAGGUUCUUUUCUUAGGUGUAGAUGAGAAGAAACAUCCAGCAAAGCUUCCAAAAACAUAUACCCUUACACAUAGUGAUAUUACUUGUAAACUCACUCUUGCCGUUUCUCAGACAAUCAAUAACUCUCAGUUAGAAAGAUGGUAUAAUAGUUUGCAAAGGGAUGAAGUAGUUGCGGAAUGGAAGAAAGUUGAAAGGAAAAUGUCCCUUCAUGUCCAUUGUCACAUUAGUGGAGGCCAUUUCUUGUUAGACUUUGUUGCGAGGCUCAGAUACUAUAUUUUCUGCAAGGAACUCCCUGUAGUUUUGAAGGCAUUUGUUCAUGGAGAUGGGAAUUUACUUAAGAAUUAUCCAGAGUUGCAAGAAGCUUUGGUUUGGGUAUAUUUCCACUCAAAUAUUCCAGAUUUCAACAAAGUGGAUUGUUGGGGUCCAUUAAAAGAAGCAUCCUCAAUAUCUUCUACUACUUCAUCUAGUGAAUUGGGUGAGGCCCAUAUGGAUGAUAAUACAAGCAAUUGCAACUUGGAUUUUCCACAUACAUGUCAAGGGUCUUGCAAAUGUUGUUUCCCUUCAGUGAACUUGAAUUCUUGGUCCUCAUCAUCCUCACGUCUCUCUGGGCCUAAAUUAGAGCCAUAAGCAACAAAGACUAAAGAAUGGCUGUAUAUUGGUCUACAAAUAUUACAAGAUUGAUGUGUUUUUUUGUCAUUGUAGGACUAGAAAAACAGAUGGUAGUUAUUCUUUAUUCUAAAUGUGAAUAAUUCAAGUGUCCCUAGGUAAAAGAACAAACAA